AUGUCUCCACAGUCUGAGAAUAUUCUCGACCUCGUUGGCCUUGGGUUUGGCCCCGCCAACAUCGCCAUCGCCGGUGCUCUCGUCGAAUCCUGGCAAGAUGAAUCAAAAACUCCGACAUCGUCGAAGGGGAACGUCCUGUUCAUCGAAAAAUAUACAACGUUCCGCUGGCACCCUGGGAUGCUCCUCCCGGACGCUAGGAUGCAAAUUAGCUUCAUGAAGGACCUUGCUACGCUCCGGAACCCUCAGUCGCCCUACACCUUCCUAUCCUACCUUCAUAGCCAGGGACGCUUGAUCUCGUUCAUCAACCGUGGCUCCACAAUUCCAACACGCAAGGAGUAUUCCGAUUACCUCGGCUGGGCUGCCAAACGUGUGCAAGAGGACGGCGUUAAGGUUCUCUUCGGUCACGAAAUCGUCGGCAUCGACAGCGUUCCAGGCGACGUUAUAUCUGUUCGCUAUCGCGACCUCCUCACCGGUGAGGAGACAAUCGUUAAGACUCGUAACAUUAUAAUUUCUCCUGGAGGUUCUCCCAAAGUGCCGCCGGUGGUUUCGCCCGUGCUGAAGCAUCCGCACGUCCUGCACAGCUCACAGUAUGCCAUCUUCAUCCCAAGGAUCUUGGAAACGCUUUCCAUCGCCUCGCGACCUCUUCGAAUUGCUGUCGUUGGAUGCGGCCAGUCUGCUGCCGAGGUCACGAUGGAUCUGCGCCAGCGUCUGAGUGAUAUCCGGAGCGCCUCGCGCCACCAGAUCAAUAUGCUCAUCCGCAAAGGCUGCUUGAAGCCGAGCGAUGACUCGCCUUUUGCUAACGAGAUCUUCGAUCCAGCUUCAACAGACGCUUGGUUCUCGUUGUCGUCGAAGCACUUGCGCGACAUGAAGCUCGCCGAGUACAAGCUCACGAAUUACGGCGUCGUGAACCCUCGCACUCUGGAGAACCUCUACGAAAUCAUUUACGACCAACGACUCGACGAAGGGAUCACUCACCGUUCGGGAGCGCCUCAACACCGGGACGAGCCUCUCAUCGAGAUCAAGCCGUAUACUUUCAUCACAUCGAUCAACCUCGAGGGUGUCGACGACUCGAAGGCUCAAGAGGACCUUCUUCUUACCCCAGAACGUCCCAUCGUAGUCGACAGCAGCCGACCAGCUUUGUCUAUCACGUCGCAAAAUCUGAUCAGCAGCGCCACCUCUGAGGAGAAGUACGACGCCGUCAUCUACGCCACAGGUUACGAGCGCUCUUCGUGGAUAGACAUCCUCAAGAACUCUGGUAUUGGUAGCCAGUUCGGUCUUGAUCCAUUGACGGCCAGGUCAAACAUUCGGUUGUUGCCGUCGCACGACGGGUUCCACCCCGGGUCAGCCGUGACCCAUAUACAGUCCGGAGCAUCGACCCCACCGAGCAGUGCAGAGAGUAGCCCGCCGACAUCGCCAGAGCUGGGCAUGUUCUCGUCGGGAGUCCUGGAGCGCCCAAAGCAUCAAGAGCUCUACAUCUCACGCAAUUAUCGCCUCCUUCCUCUUGGUUUCACGAGCGAUCGGAAGGGGUCGCCAGUCUUUGCUCCCAGGGUUUACUUGCAAGGAGUAGAGGAGAACACGCACGGUCUGAGCGACAGCCUGCUGAGCGUCCUUGGUGUUCGAGCGGGAGAGGUUGUUCACGAUAUUUAUCAUCACGAUUACUAG